AGCUGAGAUGUGAGGCUUUAAAAGCUGGAGAUAGGGCACGCCGACUAUGUGGCUAUGUGUGUCUGGGCAAUUUUCUAUGUUAUCAGCCGGCCUCCCGACUGUUUUGUCUGUCUGAAGCUUGCCAGGUUAAGCGUGGUGACAGGAAACUGCAAUGUACAAGGCUCAGUUCUGGGUUGCCAUUGUGGCGGGAUUUGAAGCCUCCUUGGCCAGCUGCAAGUUAAGUGCCAGCCAAAAUUGGCCUGUAAACUCCUCAACGGCGGCGCCUUCGGUAUUCCCGCUGCUUGAAGAUGUGGGAUCUGCAGACCUGUUCCCCAUGCCGCUUUGUGGAACAUUCAGGUUGGAAGAAGCGACAAUUGAUGAGAUGCAAGCAGCAUUGACUGCGGGCACACUUACUUCUCAGCAACUAGUCGGAUGUUAUAUCCAACGAACCUACCAGACGCAGGAGUACAUUCACUCUAUCCUGCAGAUCAACCCAGAUGUCUUCCAGGUAGCUGCGAAGAUGGACUUGGAACGCAGAGCUGGGAAAAUCCGAGGACCGCUUCACGGCAUACCUUUCACCGUCAAGGACAACAUCGCUACCAAGGACAACAUGGAGACGACAGCUGGCAGUUUCGCCCUCUUGGGCAGCAUCGUGCCUCGCGACGCACACGUCGUCAAGCGUCUUCGUGAAGCCGGCGCCAUCUUGUUUGGCAAGGCCGCUUUGAGCGAAUGGGCUGAUAUGCGCAGCAACAAUUACUCUGAGGGCUUCUCGGCUCGAGGCGGUCAGUGCCGAAGCCCGUAUAACUUCACCCUCAACCCGGGCGGGAGCAGUACGGGAAGCGCUGUCGGGGUCGCGGCGAAUGCCAUUGCUUUCUCGCUAGGCACGGAGACGGAUGGUAGUGUCAUCAACCCCGCUGAACGCAACGCCAUUGUUGGAUUCAAGCCUACGGUUGGCCUGACUUCUAGGGCCGGGGUCAUUCCUGAGAGCGAGCAUCAAGACUCUGUCGGAACCUUCGGUCGCACGGUUAGAGAUGCUGUGUACGCGUUCGAUGCAAUCUACGGCAUUGAUGACCGGGACAAUUACACACUGGCUCAGGAAGACAAGACGCCUGAGGGGGGUUACACCCAGUUCUUGUCCAAGAAAGAGAUCCUGAAAGGCGCCACCUUCGGACUUCCCUGGAACAGUUUCUGGGCCCUGGCAGACGACGAACAGAGGGAGUCUUUGGAACAGUUACUCAAGCUUCUCACAUCAGCCGGAGCAACUAUUAUCAACAAUACUGAAAUAACCGACUAUGAGACGAUUGUCAGCCCGGACGGUUGGGACUGGGACUAUGGCACUACAAGAGGCUACGCCAAUGAAUCAGAAUACACCGUUGUUAAAGUUGACUUUUACAACAACAUCAACACAUAUCUCUCCGAACUAGAAAAUACCAACAUAAAGACUUUCGAAGACAUCGUUGCAUUCAACUACGAUAAUGACGGAACCGAGGGCGGCCACCCGUGGCCACUCGGCACAGCUGCGUUCUAUUCUGGGCAAGACGGCUUUUUGGCGUCUCUCGACUCAAAGGGUAUCAAGGAUGAGGUAUAUCUUCAGGCUGUCGAGUUCUCCCAGCAAUCAACACGGAAUGGUAUUAAUGAUGCUCUAACGUCGUCCAAUGGGACAAAGUUAGCUGGUCUUCUUGUUCCUCCAGACGUUGGCCAGACCUACCAGAUUGCAGCCCAGGCCGGGUAUCCGAUGAUUACACUCCCGGCCGGUGUUCGUUCUAGCACUGGAAUGGGUUUCGGUCUUGCCAUCAUGCAAACUGCUUACGGCGAAGCAGAGUUGAUCAAGUGGGGAAGUGCGAUUGAGGAUUUGCAAUUGACGACGGAGGGGAACCCAUACAAGAGGACUUUACCUACCUGGUAUGAGUACCUCACACGGAAUGUUCCAGUCUUCUGAGAGCAGAAGACUUCGGAGCGCGCAAGCUACUGACCGCUAUUGCUAUCAAAACUUUUUGUAGAUAAUUGUACGCAUCACUGUUGCCUGAGUAAAGUACUUACAAAAUGAUCCGUUCCCCGACCGAAAUUGGGCAUCGUCUCCGGAGCCGGGUCGGGCCCGGAAAGGCAUCGACCGAGAAAAACUACCUAUUGAUGA